UCGUUCGAGUGCUCGUGGCGGCUUCGCCGCACUGGGGAAAGAUGGUGGGCCGGAACAGCGCCAUCGCCGCCGGCGUGUGUGGGGCGCUCUUCAUGGGCUACUGCAUCUACUUCGACCGCAAAAGGCGGAGCGACCCCAACUUCAAGAACAGGCUUCGGGAACGAAGAAAGAAACAGAAGCUUGCCAAGGAGAGAGCUGGGCUUUCCAAGUUACUGGACCUUAAAGAUGCUGAAGCCGUUCAGAAGUUCUUCCUUGAAGAAAUACAACUCGGUGAAGAACUGCUAGCUCAAGGUGAAUAUGAGAAAGGUGUGGACCAUCUGACAAACGCAAUUGCUGUUUGUGGACAGCCACAGCAGUUGCUGCAAGUGUUACAGCAAACUCUUCCACCACCAGUGUUCCAGAUGCUUCUGACUAAGCUCCCAACAAUUAGUCAGAGAAUUGUGAGUGCUCAGAGCUUGGCUGAAGAUGAUGUGGAAUGAGAAACGUCAACAUAAUAAAAUCUCAGAUAAAAAUGUUAAAAAUUGUUAACUUGGAAGAUGAGCAGCUCUGGGGGAAUAAGGGCAAAUGUGUUUGUUAUAGACUGUCCUACACUGAAAUCUACCAAAGUUAUUGUUUGCUUUGUGUAGAUCCAUUCAUUUGUUUUAUUUAUUUUUCCCAGUGAAAAGUGUAUUUUGAUAGAGCUUUUCAUUUUAUAAAUACACUAUAAGUUACCAAAAUAUCACAGAUUUUAUGUAUUCCUAAGACAUGCAGUUAAAGUGUAUGCAUGGCAUAGGUUUCUUGGGCUAAAAAACAGCCAGUUCUCAGUUUUAAAAGUUAAGCAAAAAAGUGUGAAGAGUGCACAUUUUUUAAGCUAGUACCUUUUACUAUAAAUCAGAAAAUUGGAUAGAAACUUCAUUGUUUGUGAAAAUGGAGCAUUAAAUCUUUGAGAGAUCAUUUCAUCUCUGAAACAUGAGGUGUGCUACUGUGCUGUGUUAACUUUACCUCCUCCCUGUGUAUCAGUCCUAAAAUCUUUUAUUUAAAUCAGUGGGCUUCUGUGUUCUAGGUAUUAUAUCCUUAUUUUAAGAAUAUGGGGUUGCAAAUGGCACCAGGAGUUAGAUCUGUGUGCACCUGGUGUCACCACAUGAGCUUCGCCAGUACAUGUUUGCUCACUUUCCUCAUUCAUAGAAGGAGAGACUGGUCUGCUGAUCCCUCAAGGGUCCCUUUAGUUUGCAAUUCACCUGAGUGUAUUUGUGCAGCCAGGCCUUGCAUUUUUUUUUUUUUUUU